AUGGAAGAAUUCGUUGUUAAUAAUAAUAUAUUAUAUGAACUUGCUGUUAAUCACAAUGCAUUAUAUGAUAAUAAUCAAGUAAAUUUCAGCAUUAACGAGGCACUAUAUGAUAAUCAAACUGAAUUUGAUAUCCACAAUGAUGUCGUAUAUGAGAUCGGUCAGCCUGGAAAUAAAAACAAUAAUGUGAUUAAUUUUGAAGAUGCAAAUUAUGAAAAUACGAUAAAUCAAAAAUGGAGUUAUAUAGUGGAUGAUAUACAUUGGUUUGUGAACAUUAUGGAAAGCCCGAGGCCACAAAAAGCAAGGAUUCAAAGAAGGAAACCACUUCUAAACGCAUUGGUUGAUGAACACACGAAUCAUAAUCUUGACCGUGAGCGUUUUGACUUUCUGGAAAACUUGGAAGCUCUGGAAGAAAAGUAUUUCUUAAAAGUUUACAUGCCUGUUCUGCAUCGGGUAAUUCAACGCUUUCGCUCAAAACCACGCGAUCAAACAAAUGAUGCUAGCCAUUUGUAUGAAGAAUUGGUAAAAAAAAAAGAAACUGACCCCGAUG